AAUUUACUUCCUUGUUUGUGUUUACUAUUCUCCUUAACUAGUUCUCCUUUACUAGUUAACUAGUUACGCAGCCAUAUGCCCCUAGACAUUUUAACAUCCAGGCGUAACCGUAAAUGUGAAGGCAAUCUAUUCGCUUGUUUACAGCUGGCGACUGUUGGGCAUGUCGCCUAUAAGGAAUUUUGCAGCCGGCAUUCACUGCAUUUUUGCCAGUGAGGUGUAGACUGGAGUUUUAAUUAAACUUCCCCUGAGUGUACCAGCAAACACUAGCGAGCCGCCGGAGAAAUGAGGGGAUGCAUUAUCUUAAUCAGUUUUGCGGCUGUUUUUUAUCCGAUUACACCGAUUCCAUCGGCGUCGCCUCUGGACUCCGAACCUGUACCGACCGCGUCGGUCCAUAAGAAGAGCGGCUGCAUCAGAGUGAACCACUGUAAAUGCAUCAUGAUGGACGGGUCCGGGAUUAUUGACCUGGGCGCGCUCGGGGACGCGGAUGGCUUUCUAGAGCACCUCAAACCGCUGCGCUCAGUCGGCUCCCUGGCCACCACCGAGGUGAUGUUGUCCUUCAGCCCCUGUCAGCCCUUUUCCGAGCCCGAGGACGUCACUGGGACGAGCUGCACUGACGUGGCCGCUUGUCUGGUAGUCAGAUUUCAUAAAAACAGUUCAAGACCCAUGGAUCGGUAUCUCAACUAUGGAAGGCACAUAGAUAAUCAGUUCUAUUACAACAGUUCUACGAAGACACUAAGUGUGUCCUACUCGGUGCUGGCGUACAAUCACCCUCUGACGGUGGUCCACUACCACUGCAGCCCGAACCGCUCGCUCUCGUCCACCCUGACCUUCAGCGCGGAGGUGCCCCUGCAGAUCUGGGUAGAGAGCCCCUGUGCAUGCCCAAACGCCUGCACUCUGGAGGAUGUGGGGCCUGGCACCAUCUUACUCAUCAUCCUCUGCCUCAGCGCUACGGCCUACUUCAUCUUAGGUAACUCAUGGGAAAUCCCCCUGAAUGCAGACUAAAAUGUACUAUAAUUUACA